GGAUCCUUGUCGAGGUUGCUCCUGCUAAGAUCAAGGCAGCUUCAACGCAAUGGAACCGAGCCAAUCCAAUCAACAUCUUGGCGAACUGGAAAAAUUGGAGAAGAGCUACAGCGACCUUGCCCAGAAAUUGCACAAGCCCACCAAUGUGAAGUAUGCUCUGAUGUGGGAGUUUGGCAGCAUCCUGCAAAACUGCUUGCCUCAAGGUCUUGGAAGUGAAGCAUCAUGGUUGGAUGCUCUCAGGACUCUCUUUAGAAAGAAGGAAUCUAAGCGGUGCUCUGCCACAGCGAGAAAGGAACUGGGACAUUUGCGUCGACAGGCCAACAAGCAACGGUGGAUCUGUUGGGAAAGCGAUGCUGCUGGAGUUGAAGUUGAGGUCGCAAUGCUCAGUGGUCGCUCCUGGAGAUUCAUCAUCGGCGACACAGCAAAGGGCUCAGAGGUAAAAGAGAGGCUGGCAGAGCUGUCCGGAAUUCACUUCACAGAACUCUCUCUUCUAUGUGAUGGGGUCCAAGUGCAAGACAGCGAGGUGCUCCUGGUUUCCUACACAGUUCCUCUUCAAAAACCAUGGCCUCAGCUUCAGCUACUCCGCAUUUUCAGGCCUUUCGCGCUGAGUUGCAGCACGGACUGCACCCUGAAAAUGUGGGACCUGGAGAAAGGAACUUGUGCGACCACUUUGCGCGGCCAUGGUGAUGGAGUUAUGUCAGUGGCAGUGGAUUGGAAAUCCCGAUACGCAGUUAGCGGGUCUCACGACUGCACUCUCCGUAUUUGGGAUCUUGAUCAUGGAAUUUGCGUUCAAGCAAUUCCUGUUGCAGAGCACGCUGCCUUUUGCAUUGAAUUCGACCACGGUGCGCACAGGAUUUUGACAGGUUCUUGGGACAAGAACGUCAAACUGUGGGACAGCGAGCUUGCAGUUUGUGUGGCCACGUUCACGAGUCACACUAAAACUGUGAAGACGGUGAGGCUACACUGGCCAAGCCGAAGGGCCAUCAGCGGAUCAUCUGAUGGCACAUUGAAACUUUGGAACCUGGAUGCAGUGGAUGACGAAGCUUGCGUCAUGACUUUUGAGCAUGGCGAGGAGGUUUGGUCAGCAGAUGUGGACUGGGGGUCUUCGAGAGUCCUCAGCGGCGCCAUGGAUGGUUCGAUCGGCUACUGGAAUCUCCAGACCGGUUUGCGCCUUGCGACUUUAGCUGGCCACAGAGAUGCUGUAUCUUGUGUAGCGCUCCGGUGCUCCGAAGGCAAAGCACUGAGUGGAGCAUGGGAUAGAACAAUCAGAUUGUGGGACUUGCAGGACGCUGUCUGUCAGGCAGUCCUUCAAAAUGGGUAUGCAGUCACCACAAUGUCGGUGGAUUGGGUCCAUCAUGUUGCCUUGGUAGGUUCGCAGGAGGUCAGCAGUGGCGUACUGUAGUGGGGAUUGUUGCCAGCUGUUUCCCAAGGACUUUCAGAAUAGUAUAAUACAGUGGGAUUCCGAAACCAGCCAGCAUUGUUCCAAAUUUACGAAUACCGUUGGAGUUGCACGAGGAUUUUGAGGAACCUGGUGGAAGUGAAAUGCAUCACUCCUUAUAGAAAAUGCAAAAUCCGAGAUCACGCAUGGUCAUGAAAGACUCAUGAAAGUGAGAAAUACUUUGGAUCUCGAUGCCAAAGAUCCCGUGAUUUGCUGGCGCCUUGAGAACCGCGUUGAGAAACACUGCUGGUUGGUCCAACCUGUUGUGUCAUUGAGCUUUAAAUCUCAGGCGAUGAAAGUGUGGAACAUCGACACGCGCAUUUGUGAACAAGUUUUAGGAGGUCAUUUGGAUGAUGGACCCAAGGCGUACUCUUCAAGUGGCAGCCCUACUACACCUGUAAGUGUUGGGCACAAUGAAGCAGUUUCGUGCUUGGUGAUGAACUCUCCAGAUAAUUUCUGCUCAGAGGCAGAUUAAUUGUCAGAGAGGACUUACGAGAUCGUGGUCUUUUGCAGAAUCAGGGAAUCCCUGACAUUUUCCAACCUUCUGUAGGCUGCAAGCAAGGUCUUUUAGCUUUGCGUCAGCUUACCCGGUCUUCCGAAGGUGAUAUGCACAGUUCGUGCAGGUCUGCCUUUGCUGGCAGAAUGUCUUUUGGCAUUGGCUCAGGGUGGGUAUUGUUUAGGAUUGUCUCGAGCGUCGUCCUAGAUGUCGUCUCACAGCCAAUAUGCAACCCUUUGCUGCCAACAAGCUGAAAACAAAUGCUUUGCAUGCAUGGU